CGUGUUUCUUAGUUUGGUGUGUGUUACACAGGGCGUGCGGGCGGAAUUUAAGACGUUCACAAUGCGACCUUAACAGCAACUGUUUUUCCUUUUCUUUUCUAUAGCUUGUUAGGGUUGUGAAACGUAUUUCUCCAAUAGAGUACAAAAUAAAGACAGUUAAGUAUCUCCGCAAACCAAACGAUCCUGUAUUUCAUACGACGGUUAGCUUAUAAGCUAACGCCUACCGUUAGCUAUGGAGGAGAAGAAGGAGGAGGGAGAAGCCGAGAUCCAAGAGCACGGCCCCGAGCACUGGUUCUCUAAAUGGGAACGUCAGUGUUUAGCAGAGGUCGAGCGGGCCGACCCAAACGAGGAGGAGACGGAACAAAGCCAGCAGAAACUGUGGCACCUCUUUCAGAACUCGGCCACCGCGGUAGCACAGCUCUACAAAGAUAGAGUAUGUCAGCAGCAAGGCCUCUCUCUCUGGGUGCCCUUCCAGAAUGCAGCCACAGCGGUCACAAACCUUUACAAAGAGAGUAUGGAGGCCCGCCAGCGGAGCUAUGACCUGGGUAUCCACUUAGGCCACCAGCGCAGGAAUAAGGAUGUGAUCGCAUGGGUUAAGAAACGCAGAAGAACUAUAAGGCGCGAGGACCUCAUCAGCUUCCUGUGUGGCAAAGUUCCGCCUCUACGGACAGCCCGCGCCCCGCCAAGAGUUUCCAUGGUGUCUGCAAGCCGACCAUCACCCCCAGAGACGGGCAGCUCUGUGGAGACGGACUUGCAGCCUUUCAGAGAGGCCAUAGCACUGCAUGGCCUUAGUGGCGCCAUGGCGAGCAUUUCUGUGCGUUCUGGUCCUCCUGGUUCCCCAACUCACCCUGCCCAGCCCCUUAGUCGUCGCAGGAAUGGUCUUCAUGACGUGGACCUCAACACCUUCAUCGCCGAGGAGAUGGCGCUCCAUUUGGAAUCCACAGCCAAUCGUAAACGAGGCCCCGCCCCCUGUAGUGAUGUCAUCACGGACUCACCUACCCAUAAACGUAACAGGAUGCUCUGAACUUUUCCUACACCACCAAUCCCUCCUCUGUCCUCUCCUUGGUGGCCGACUGGACAGCUGAUGAGGACUGAUGCCUUGGCCAACCAUUUGAAAUCUUCCUCCUUUUCAUCUUAGUUGCAAUGCUACAAAUAAAGAACCUUAAGUUUUACAAAUCCACACAUUUAUUCCCUUUUUCUUUCUUUACCUUCUCUCUUGUCUCGCACGUCCUCUCCAUAGUAGUGUUCUGUUCUUUUGUUUUUCCAGAAGAUAUUUGUUCCCGUUUGGUUGCCCCUAGUAGAUCUGAUUAUAGAGGCGAGCACACAUCGCACUUAAAAUCCUUAAAUUGCAGAAUGUUGCGUUUGGACAUCGUUUAUUUGGUCGGGCUCCUUUUGUUCUUCACAUCCAGUAUGAACCAGGCUGGUGCCUCCUGUUUGCAGUUCUCCUCCCCUCGUUCCUCAAGCAUACUUCCUCCUCUGUCUCCUCUAUGGCUUGCUGGCCAAACCAGACUGGACUGAAACCCGGGCUCCUCUGCAGGCUGAACCACCUCCUCGCUGUGUGGCUCGACUCAAACUGCUUGUCAGCGUGUGUAUCUGAUUCUACUGCUGCUCUGUGGUUUUGCGUAUCUGACAGCAGAACUGCCACUUAGUGUGUUGUACUUGUCUUUGCCUUUUGAGAAAGCUGCUACAGUAUCUCUGGUUGUUGUGCAAUGUGUGUGUGUGUGUGUGUGUGUGUGUGUGCUUCUGGAUGCGGAUGCAGGGUUCUGGCAAAUCCAGCAACCACUUAGCCAAAUUAUUUCCUGUUUUACUUAAAUUCAUCCUAUUCUUUUUUCCUUUUAGAUGCUCCUUCCAGCCCAAACCAGGGUUUUAUCACAAAGCAGGUCACCCCAAUUUACACAGAUAAUGGUGACUAUCAUUACAGUUAGUCUGCUGACACUUUCAGUAGUGUGUGUGGGGUGGGGGGGUCCAGGAGACAAAGCUUCACUUAGUACCCAUGUCCUGCAUUCUUAUUUGCAAGUUUCCACUAACGCUGUUUGUUAUUGGUGACUUCGUGUUUGCAAAUAAUCCAAAUAUAUGUUGUUUUUUUUCUCCUGUCUGCGUCAAAAUACACCCGACAGAUUACUGGUUCUUGCGUUUUGCAGUAAGUGUUUCAAAGCUUGUAUUUUACCUUUGUUUACAUUUGGCCCUUUGAUAACAAACUGGUGCGUUGUCAGCAUUUCUCACUUUUAUUUAAGAGAGUUGCAACACUUUCACUCUUGUGAUUUCAGCUUCAAACCUCUAAAAGUACAGAGGACAUUUGCCAGUGAACUGGUUGGGGGAUGACAGCUGUGGUAUUUUAAUUUGCUCAGCCAGCUAAUGGACUAUUGGGUGUGGUGGUUCAGCACUUGUUUGGCUAAUUUCACACACUGCUUUGUGAUACAAUCUUGUGUAAUGUGUGUAAAUAACAUGUCGGUGCUGUUAUAUGUGGUACAUAUUGUAAAAAGAAGUGCAAAUCCAUUGGGAUGUAUGUACAAAAACAAUUGACAUUAAAGAAAAUACAACCGUU